GUACGUCAAUACAGCCCUCUAUGGCUGCUCUCGAGCUUACGAUUCCCGGGAGCGAGGCGAUCAGAUAGAGAUUGUGAAGAUUUUGCAAUUACUCUCCUUAGAGGAAUAUUGGAACUUGGUGUCCGCUCGCUGGGAUGUAACCGUCUCAGAGCGCUUGCUCAUUGAGCCGCACGCGGAGACUACGCAAAGCUAUGUCGACGUCACCAGAAUGCGACCGCUCGACGUACGCUCCGAACUCUUCGGUGCCCGUACUGCAAUGUUCUACAAUGCCGGCGAAGACCGCAAAAGACCAGUGCAUAUGAUCAAAAUGUCAUGGGUAGCCCCACGUCUGACGUCGCAUGAAUUAGUCACUCUACGCAACAUUAGGAAGGCUUUUGGGGAAAGUCUAGAGUCAGAAUUGCCACUCCUGCCUCAACCCAUUGGCUUAGCCAAGCAGCCGUCCGGUUUCCAAGGCACAACUUCAGAUACGACACAAACAUCGAGUGCUGCAGCGAACUUCCCGGCUCGGCAUCUUUGCGCCUUGGUGACCAGGCAACAUAGGGGUGAUCAUAUCGGCAGACAAGUCCUGCCGCGCUAUCUUGUGCGUAUCCAUCAGCAAUUGGCGGAAGUGCUGCUCAAACUUGCAGAGAAAGGCUAUCAUUACCGUGACCUCAAUGAUGGCAACGUCAGACUUCUGCGCGGCUCAAAAAGCAAACUCUACCUCGCAGACUAUGGGAAUGUAAGGAAGCACUUUAGCAUACGUGAAGAACGCAAUCCAUCGGAUGCCGCAGCGACGAUCGACCGGGCUAAAGACGAUACGCGCUCAGCGACUCCACUUUUCGCGCCUUCUUGCUAUGCUAUAGCCAAGGCUGCGUCCGAGGAGUGGGGCUUGGCGGUCGCAAGCGUGGUCGAGAGGGCGGAGCAGCUGUCACGCCGUGUCUCCAAGGCCGCGGGUGGCCGAGUGACUAGUGGUAGCCUUCGAGCGAGCGUGGACGCGAUCCUAGAGAACCUGGAGGACCUCCACGAAGCAUUGCGAGAUUCGAACGUCCAUAGUCAUCGAUACAUUGACGACAUGGAGAGCGCAUUGUACCUACACCUUUGGACUAUGGCGCUCAACCGUGGUCUGAGCAAAUUUGGCCAGAUUGAGCUGAGUCGUAAAUUGCGCGAUGACAAGACGGCAAUCUGGACGAAGGGGUGCAGGUGGGAAUUGCUCUUGGACGAACAUUGCAAGCCAGCGGGGAGGAGGUGGAAGAUUCUCAUGGGCAAGCUGCGGAAGGUCGUUUACGAGGCUAGACAAGCUCUCACGGCAGAGCUCUUGAAGCCAUUCGAAGCGGAUGGUAGGGCCUCCAUUGAGACUCUGAGAGCAGACUUGGAGAAGUGGCGAUUCAAGGAGAAGGAGAAUGACAUGGCAGUAGCGGAUGCUACCGUGAUGAUCAUCGACAGUCUUUGGCAGGGCAAGGGAAUCUUGGACGAUAAAUCCGGAUUACAGGACAUUGAGAGGGAGUGUUACAACGAGUGCAUCAGGCUGUUGUAUAAAGUGGGACAUUCAGGGCACAGCAAGGGAGAGAAGAACGACAAAGGAUGAGCAGAUCCCCCAGUGCUGAUUGCGAGCAGGAGUAGGACGCUAAGAAGGUGAGGAAGCAGGGAGGCAAGGAGGAGCACCGCGCUGUACUGCGUUUUCUCACCCCUUACCUUCUCUGUUCGUCUGAAGAAGAGACGAAGGGGGGGAGACAGGGUACGAUACUGCACCGUACGUAAGGAGAUGGGCACGCCGGGAGCAACUCUGGUACCGUGAGGAGGCCCCGUCUCCCUCA